AUGUUUGCUGUCUUUGCGAUUGUCGUCUUUAUUGCACUAGAGACGAAUGCCUUUUCAACAAACCAAGGGCGUCAGAUGAGUCUUAGGACAGGAGUCUGGUGUAGUUCAACAACUGUGGUGUUUCAGGCUGCCUUGAACGAUCCCAUAUGUGACUAUCAACAAGUGACGAUACCAACAUCCCAAAGCGGUCCUCCUCGUCAAAAGAUUAGCGUGGAAGAUUUGACGCCUACCAUUCGAGCGAUGCUCAAAGAGAGCAAUAUGCAACAAGGUGUGAUAAAUGUGGUCAGUCAGCACACCACCACUGCCAUUACCAUCAACGAACGAGAAAAACGGCUGGCAGAAGAUAUGGAAAAGUUCUUUUUGGAGAUUGCACCACCCGAUGAGCGGUCAUCGUCAGCUGCCAAGCAAAGUGGCAUUAGAUAUUUUCACAACGAUAUUGAUCAGCGCCCCGAUUCCGAGGAAGAGGCACAACGGUGCCGAGAGAAUGGCUGGGAUAUUGACGAUCCAGAACGACUUGAAGCGUGGCGGGAUCAAGAGCCAAUCAAUGCGCAUUCGCAUUUGCUGAGUAUGUUUUUGGGGAGCUCGGAAAGUAUACCAGUCGUGAAUGGGAAAAUGGUAAUUGGACAAUGGCAGAGCAUUCUACUGGUGGAUUUGGAUGGGCCACGAGAUCGGACGGUUGGGAUUCAAUUUCUUGGCUACAAAUGA